GGCUCAGGAGUAAAGCUCUGCUCACUAGUUACUGGUGCCCUGAUUAAGAAGAGGGACGAGUGGCACUGAUGUGUUGGGAUCUUGCAAACCCUAAAGGCUCACACACUAUCACACUGAGCAGCAGCAGCAGCAACAGCCCCACACCCAGCCAGCCUUGCAGCUCACUUCCAAAUCUACUGUCAGAUACUGGGAGAAGGAGCAACAGGCAGACAGGGAAUCAUGAGCAAUCAGUACCAAGAGGAGACUUCAGAGAGGCCGGAAUGUAAAAGUAAAUCUCCGACCCUGCUCUCCUCCUACUGCAUAGACAGCAUUCUGGGCAGGAGGAGUCCUUGCAAAAUGAGGUUACUGGCCACUCAGACUCUGCCAUCUCUGGCUAACAGGACUGAUCAGGACAAAACUUUGGAAGGGUCUCCUAAAAGUAAUGUCACAUUUGAGGCUGAGCUGCACCUGCCUCCCAAGUUGAGGAGAUUGUAUGGUCCUGUGGGUGCUGGUGGUCGUUUGCAUCUCCAGUCCCUCACUGACUCUAGGUCUGGGGUACCUAGGUCGGAUAAGGCUGACCGCCUUCUGAUUUUAGGGGGUGCUGGAGAAAGUAGCUGGGAUAAUCACAGUCUCAAAAUCAGCCAAGCCCCCCAGGUCAGCAUCAGUAGAAGUAAGUCCUACAGGGAGAACAGCGCCCCCCUGCUGAGAGAAGAUGGGAGUCCAGAAGGUCUCCAGCAACAGCAGCUCCAGACUGGUUCAUCAGCCUCUUGCACCUCUCUCCAAGAAAGACUAGGGGCACUUUCCCAAAGUCCUGGGGGCGACGAAGAGGAUGAAGAUGAUGAGGAUGAGGACGAAGAAGAAGAGGAAGAAGAAGAUGAAAUGGAAAAGCAACACAACAGCACCAGCACCUCAAACAGAGGACUUCUGAAAGACCACCAGCAUCCACCAUUUCAGCACCAACAGCAGCAACAGCCACCAACCUGCGGGACUGAUGGGGACCUAUCUCCCAAAGAGGAGCUUCUACUCCACACCUCUGAUGGUGAUGGCAAAGAUGGAGAAGACAGUGUGUGUCUGUCUGCUGGCAGCGACUCGGAGGAGGGCAUGUUAAAGAGGAAACAGAGGAGAUACAGGACCACCUUCACCAGUUACCAGCUGGAGGAGCUGGAGAGGGCCUUCCAGAAGACCCACUAUCCUGACGUCUUCACCAGAGAAGAGCUUGCAAUGCGCUUGGACCUGACUGAAGCCAGGGUUCAGGUGUGGUUCCAGAAUCGCAGAGCCAAAUGGAGGAAGAGAGAAAAGGCUGGAGCCCAGACACAUGCCCCAGGCCUGCCUUUUCCUGGCCCACUGUCAGCCAGUCACCCUCUCAGUCCAUACCUUGAUACCAGCCCAUUUCCUCCCCACCAUCCUGCCUUGGAUUCAGCCUGGACUGCAGCAGCAGCGGCUGCAGCUGCAGCCUUCCCAAGUCUACCUCCACCACCAGGCUCCACUUCAUUGCCCCCCGGUGGGACUCCAUUAGGACUCAGCACCUUCCUGGGAGCAGCUGUGUUCCGACACCCAGCCUUCAUCAGCCCUGCGUUUGGCAGACUUUUCUCCACCAUGGCUCCCCUAACUAGUGCUUCCACUGCUGCUGCCCUCCUAAGACAACCCAAUCCUGCUGUUGAAAGUGCAGUGCAGUCCAGUGGGUUAACAGACCCAGCAACAGCUGCAGCAGACAGACGUGCAUCAAGCAUAGCUGCUCUCAGGCUAAAGGCUAAGGAGCAUGCAGCACAACUCACACAGCUCAACAUUAUCCCUGGGAACAACACAGGCAAAGAGGUAUGCUGAACUAACAGGAGAAACUCAACCAGAGAAUUACCAAGACCAAAUGGAGAACGAAGACAAGCAUAUGUGGACCAGUGACUAUUGGGCUCUGUGUGUCCUGCACGACACGUGAGGUCAUGGGUAUCUCACACGGGAUGUCAUGCAUUACAGUAAUAAUGAGUGAUAUUUAUGCAGCACCUGAGCAGUAUGACCUCCGCACACCACUAACUGUAAAUUCCUUAUACUGCUCAUUUUAAAGUGGUAUCAUAGUAUGUUAAAAAUGUGCAUUGAAGAAAAAAAAAACGCAAAUAAAAGAUUUUACUUUUGUGGUUAUGCAUUGGGGGUUUUACAUAUAGCUUUCACACAAUGCUUAACCCCGUUUACUCCUUUUAACCAAUAACCCACCUAAUUUUCUUUAACCAUUAAAUUUGCUGCAACAUUGGUUUUCACCCCAGUACUGUUUUAGCAGAAAGAGUUAAAUUAUUCUUAACACCAUUUGUAAGUUAAAUGAUAUAAAUGGAUGCAGAGGUACAGAUAGGUAAAUAAUGACGAUGAUGAUGAUGAUGAUGAUGAUGAUGAUAAUAUUAUAGUCAGUGCACUUAAAAGAUCUUUGUAUCUAAUCACUUUCGUUAUCUCUUGUAUAUUUUUUUUUUCUUUCUUUCUUCAUACACCAACCAAGGUUUUUUAUACCAAACCAAAGGGAAUGAACUGAUUUAUGGACUGUUUGAGUCACUAAACUGUGAUUAAUGAUCCUGUAAAUAACAUUGUUAUAAAAAAAAAAAAAUUAAGGAAAAAAGAGCUUUGUAUAUUUGAAAUGUUAUAAAAAAAAUUGCACUCAGUGUAGUGUUGUAAAAGUUUGUCAAACUGUAGAAUUCUAUCUGUGUUGUAGAUACCACCAGGUUCCUAGCAAAAUAUUUAUGUAAAAACUCUUUAUUUAACUUAUUAACUGUAGAAAGUUUCUCAAAGCUUCAAGACGAUGCUACCGUAUAUGUGUAAUGUUGUUCAUUUGUCACCACUUUUCCUGACUCUCCUUGGGAAGAGUGUCCC